AUGUAUUGUUUUGACCAAGCCAAAACUCAACUGUCCUACAAAACAAAGCCAAAUAUGUGUGUUAUCCUGCUUUCUACAUUCCAUGAAAAACCAUAUGUAAAUAAAGAAAGUAAAAAACCUGAAAUAAUAGAAUUCGAUAAUUCCACAAAAGGAGCUGUUGACACAUUGGACCAGAUGUGUAGCAACAUGUCAUGCAGCAGGAAGACACGUCGAUGGUCUCUUUGUGUAUUUUACGAUAUUAUUAAUAUCAGUUUAGUAAAUUCACAUGUUUUAUAUGGCCACAACAUGACUAGAAAAUCGGAAAAAGUGAUGUCCAGAAAAAAGUUUGCAGUAAAGUUAAGUGAAGAUCUUCUUGCUCCAUGGAUGAAGAAGCGUUUAGAUGCGCCUGCUUUACCUCGUUCUACAAGAAUAAUUAUUAGCGAACUUUUAAAAAUAGAUAUGGUCUGUGAAAUUCCGAAAACAAAUGAAAGUAACAAAAGAAAAAUUUGUGCAUUUUGCCCUUACAAGCUGCGAAGAAUGACCCGCUUUUUUUUGUCAAAGCUAUACAAGAGCAAUGUGCGGAGAUCACCGUGCUAA